AUUCCAAAUUUUCACCUAGAGCCUUCUCUUCAUUUCAUUCGUUUCAAUUUGCCCUAUAGUAGUGAUGACCAACUCAAAAGCCUAUUUUUUCUCUGCUUUUCUUUUUUCAUUUUUCUUAUCUAUUCGUGUCUUUGCUCGUGAACUUUUCAAUGAAAAGAAAAUUCAAGCAUACAAUGUGGAGGAUAAUGAGUUAAAAGGGUCAAGAAGAAGCAGCAGCUGGCCGGUUGACUAUAAUCCUAAUCUCAAUGAUAUUCGAAUGAAAUUUCAAAAGGAUUAUAAUUAUCCUACCAACUAUGAUUCAGGUGGUGAUAUUCCUAUUCUUCCAAUUUUGGGUAGAGUUAUUCCAUUUCCUAAAAAACCUAAACAACCACCACAAGAACAAGAACCAAAUCAAAAUCUAAAUUCAAAUCCAAAGGCUACUCCACCACGUUCUAAAGAAGAACCACGGUGGAUAGAUCCCACUGAUCCUCCUUACAGGGAUAAGGGAUCGUAUCCAUCCCAAUAUAGAGAUUCAAAGUAUACAUUAUUCUUUCCUUUAGUGCAACAAAAACUACCUGAAACUAAAAGCAGCUAUUACUACUAUACUCCUUUGUUUGGCUACCAUCAAAAUGAUUUGCAAUGGAAUCAUCAUGUGUCACCUAAAAUUCGAAAGGAUCACUACUUUACUAAUUUUCUUGGCUAACAACCCU